GUCGGGGAAGCUGUGCUUCCGGUCGCCAAGGCCGCGCCCACGUCCGGGGGCCGGGCUUCUCUGGCUGGCUGUCUCAGCUGCUCUGGAGGACUCACGCGGGAUUGGUAAAGUACCUCUGCCGAAACCAUGACCAGAUGGGCUAGAGUGACUACCUCGAAUAAUAAGAGACCCUUGUCUGCGACAUCAUGGGAGGACAUGAAGAAGGGGUCUUCAGAGAGCCCAGACCACAACCUCCCAAAGCAUAAGCAGCGUCAGAUCAGCAGGCUGUCCCUUAAAAAUGAUGUGCCUCAAGGAAAACAUAAAAAGAACAAAAAGAAAAAAGAGUACUUAAAUGAAGAUGUGAAUGGAUUCAUGGAAUACCUAAAACAGAACUCGCAGAUGCUUCGCCAUGGAGAGUUGAUCGCGACAGACAGCCAGGAAGUACGGGAAGAAAUCGCGGUGGCCUUAAAGAAAGACAGUCGGCGGGAGGAAAGACGGUUAAAAAGACAAGCAGCGAAGAAAAACGCAAUGGUGUGUUUCCACUGCAGAAGACCUGGCCACGGAGUUGCCGAUUGCCCGGCUGCACUCGAGAGUCUGGACAUGGGCACUGGCAUUUGUUACCGCUGCGGGUCCACAGAGCACGAGAUCACCAAGUGCAGAGCCAGCGUGGACCCCGCACUCGGUGAAUUUCCUUUUGCAAAGUGUUUUGUCUGUGGCGAAAUGGGGCACCUGUCCAGGUCCUGCCCUGAUAAUCCCAAAGGAGUCUAUGCCGACGGUGGUGGAUGUAAACUCUGUGGCUCUGUGGAACAUUUUAAGAAAGAUUGCCCUGAAAAUCAAAAUUCAGAUCGGGUGGUCACAGUUGGUCGCUGGGCAAAGGGAAUGAGUGCAGACUAUGAAGAAGUUCUGGAUGUACCCAAACCACAGAAGCCUAAAACUAAAGUACCCAAAGUCGUCAAUUUUUAAUAAGAAUCGGUCCUGUUGUUAAUCACCACCUCACUGUUAAUUUCCAAAGUAGGCCUUUACAGGCCAGAGCCAGGUGCCUGUGGAGGCAAGCCUCUAUUACAGACACCACUCUGACCUUGGCGGAGUCAAGUUGCCUGCAUUCUGUCAAUCAAGGAGUAUGGGGUGUGUUGACACUUGUGUGUGUGUGUAUGUGUGUGUGUGUGUCUGUAUUUGAUACAGAUUCUGUGUAGCUCAGGUUGGCUUCAAACUAGUAAUCCUGCCUCCGUGCCCUGGGUACUAAGGUUACAGGCGUGUGCCUAAGAACAUAAUUUAACAGACAGAACUUGGACGUAACUAAGUGACUGUCACAUCUGUAAAUCUAAACUAUUCAUCAAAACUGAUCACCCCUAAACAAAGCACAUAGCUUCAAGUCUGUGAAUAAGUAGAAUUUUGUUAUUCUUAAUUCACAGUGUCGAUUUAUUGUAAUAGAACUUUAUUUAUAUGUUGUCACAAAGUCUGUAAUUUUUAGUACCGAAUAAAAUCUAUGAGCUGUUUGUCUAUAUUGAA